GACAGGCAGACGCGGUCUCUCCAGCUUCGCACUCGCCGUCGACCACUGAACGGCGAGGCGUUUGUAACAGAGAGGCAUUCUUGAACACUCGGUACCGACUAUCCUCUCCUACAUAUAGAGUAGCCGGGCGAGGUGAAGGCUCAAGUUUGUGGCAUCGGUGAAGCGCUCUUUCCUAGCCAUGGACACAAAAUCUGGGCUUAGGAGCACGUCAAAUGUGCCUCGGAGGACCCCAUGGCUCGCUCGGACUCGCUUGCUCCAAGCGGUGUUACUACUUACCUCCGCUGCGGCCCUCUCAACCACCCUGUCUGGACUGUCUGCGUCGGUGUAUCAGCGGUUGGCUGUGGUGCGAGAAGGCGUCUCAGCUACAACUGCAGAGGAUCCUAGCAGCCAGUGGAAGGACGACACUUGGCCCAUACGUGAGCAGACUCCUUGGGACAUCUCCACCGACUAUCCCUUCCCUCGCAAGCUCGAGUAUGAUGUGACCGAGGGCACAUGGCUCAGACUGGAUGUGCACCCCAAGACGGGUGAGAUUGUCUUUGACAUGCUAGGCGACCUCUACUGCCUUCCGGCCGGCGCGUACGCGCAUUCUCAGCUGGCAUCCUCUGCUAUUUCAAAAGCGCGUCCUAUUCUGCUGGGAGUGCCGCAUGACUCCGAUCCUCACUUCUCUCCAGAAGGCGGCCGCUUAGUCUUCAGGAGCGAUGCAGGUCUGGGAAUUGAAAACAUAUGGGUGACGGAAUGGACGGGGUGCGAGAAUAUGGACGUGCGUUCGGAGAAUGCAAGGGAGGAACUUCUCAGCGCGCUCGAGGUCAUCGAAGAUGAGGACGCCCUUCUCGCCAGCGGUGUGAAGGAGACUGAAGAGAGGAGACGUCACAGACUCAUUCGAGAGGGCCGCCUGAAUGCCCAGCGUGUUACCAACGAGACGUUCCGUUGGGUAUCCGACGUGAGGUUUCAUCCCUCUGGAAGUAAAGUUAUCGCCACGAAGUGGUACACGUCUUCGCGUAGUCUUGGUGCCGGUGAAGGUUGGGAGUAUGAUGUCCCUACCCCUGGCGAGUCCGUACGUAUCAAAGCCGGGGACGGCAAACGUCUAGUCGGGCGCACACUACCCCUUGGCUGGAGCCCUGAGCAGUAUGGCGAGCAACAGAUCGGACCAGAGCAAUUCAUAUGGAGAGGCGAUGAUACCUUGAUCUACUCCAAGAACGUCGCUGAGGAUGGUGCCUUCUCGUACAGCAAGGACGUCCACGCAGGCAUCUAUGCAAUUUUCUCGACAAACCUUACAUCCAAAGAGACGACGACCUUGGUUGGGCGGUUCCCUGGUGGCGCCAGCAGGCCCGAACUCUCUCGAGACGGACGCACUCUCGCGUUCGUGCGCCGUGUACGGGAUGAAGAGGCACUUGUGCUCCUAGACCUGGAGUCGGGGACGAUCCACCAUGUGUGGUAUGGACUGACCUACGACUUGAGCACGGUCUCUGCGCCCAUGGGCACAUACCCAUCAUAUGCCUUCACGCCCAGUGAUGACGCUGUCAUUAUAUGGGCGGCAGGACAGAUCUAUCGUGUCCCGUUGAAGUUGAAUGCCUUCGGGGAGAAGGUAGCUGGUGGCGAGCCGACUCCCAUACGCUUCACUGCACACAUCGAGAAGCGCCUUGCCAAGACAGUAACCGCCGAUGUCGACGUAACCGCUCUUGAGACUCAGGCGACGCAGAGGGUGCACGCAUUCACGGAGCUGCGUGUGGACACCGCUGGAGAGCGUGCCGUUCUUCAAGGCUCCGGCGCGACGUACGUGCAGUACGUGGGCGAGGACGCCCCUCGCGCGGAGCGUGUUCCCGCGCUGUACCCCGACGCACCGUACUACUCACCUGCGUUCGUCGUGAACGCUGAGGAACUCGUCAUCCACGCGCGCUGGUCGGACACGAACUUCUCCACGAUCGAGAUCGCCAACCUAACUUCGGGCGAGGCGUACGAGCUGACUGGGCUGCCGCUCGGACGAUACUACUCUCCCAUCCUAUGCGAAUGCCUCGGCGCGGGAAGGCAGCUCGCAUUCGUCAAGACCGGUGGCGAUUACUUGACUGGCGACGUCGUUGCGACAGCGGGAGCAGGUCUCUGGCUCGGGUCGAUCACCCUACCCACUCCAGGCCAAGACAGCACUUCUAUCGAGACGAAGAACCUGCAUUUCGUGGACACCGAGAUCGACACGAGCGAACUCCUCAAGACUCAGAUCCGCUUCCUGGAGCGAAACACGAAGUUACUCGUCCAGGCACCUCGACGGUCAUUUGUCAUUGACCUUGCCGCAGGCCCGGAUGAGUACGACAAAUACAAGCACGAGACCUUGGCUACGGGACGGAUGUCGACGGAACUCGUUGCUUUCCCUGAAAUUUCGGGCUCAGUGAAGGCGAAGUCCCUCGCGUUCAUCGAUUUCUACCAUGUCUACUACGUGCCGGAGGUCAACGCAGAAGAACCGGUCUGGAGCAAGCCGGCCAAUGCCACGAAGGGUCUCAUGCGCCUGAGCGUAGAUGGAGGACAUGAUGUCACCUGGAGUCGAGAUGGCAAGAAGCUGUUCUGGUUCCUCGGCGCUUACUUGCAUUGGGUAGACGUGGCUGAUCUGAAGUCGUGCUUGUCGGUCGCGAAACGAGAUGAUCCAACCGUCGGCUUUGCUUGCACUAGGAAUCUCCCACAUUUUCAGGAGGUCAUCGUGGACUACACAUCUGACAUCCGGCGACUCAAGAACGAGGCUGCCGCUUCGACGGCUCAUGCGGAUGAAGAAGCGCUUGCCAGCGCUGACUUCUUCGUGAUAGCGAAUGCCACCCUUCUGACCAUGGAAUCGGGCGACCUGCGCUCAGACAUUCUGGAAAAUGCGAUCCUCGUGACGCGAGGCGGCCAGAUAGAAGCUAUCGUUGGUGCACAGGACGCUGUAAUUCCAUAUGGUGCUACCGUCUUCAACGCUGAAGGAGCAUUCAUUGUUCCGGGCUUCAUUGACGUCCAUGCGCACUGGAACGGCUUCGAGACUUUAUACCCUGCGCGCUCAUGGGAGUUGGAGACUUUCCUCGCAUACGGAGUGACCACUUUGCACAACCCCAGCGCUGACAAUGUGCUUGGUUUCGCGGAACGCUUCAGGCUGGAGCGUGGCCAGAUGGUUGGGCCUCGUAUCUUCCAGGUCGGCGGCGUGAUAUACGGCGCAGCCGCGGAGGAACUGCACCAGGAGAUUGUUGAUAUGGAUGAGGCACGUUCCGCGCUCAUCAGGAUCAAGGCUGAAGGUGGUCCGGCUAGCUUCUCGUACAAGAACUACAAUUUGCCUGCACGUGCUUCGCGACAGAGGUUAUUGACAGCUGCCCGGGAGCUUAACAUGCUCUGUGUGCCUGAGGGUGGAAUGAACUACGAAUGGGACCUGACUUAUAUCGUCGACGGAAUGACGACGAUUGAACACGCUCUGCCCAUACCGGUUCUGUACGACGAUGUCCUCACACUAUUCGCGUUGAGCGGUACUGGGUCUACCCCAACACACCUCGUCAAUUAUGGAGGAGUCAUGGGCGAGCAAUAUAUCUGGGCGACCGAAGAUCUGCCCAAUGAUCCUAAGCUACGACGUUUCACAAGACAUGACAUCCUGGAAGGCCGCCUGUCCGAGUCGACAGCACGUCCGACAGACUCAUACGCACUAUUCAACACAUCAAUCUCCACCGCGAAGAUGGUCCACAAGGGCCUUCGUGCGCACAUCGGUGCACACGGAGAGCCCCCGCUUGGUCUCAACUAUCACGCCGAGAUGUUCUUCACCCAGCAAGGCGGGUUGACCAACUACGAGGUCAUCCGUGCGGCGACAUCAGACGCAGCGACCACGCUUGGCAUCUACUCGUCGCUCGGCUCGCUCACACCAGGGAAGCUGGCAGACUUCGUCGUAUACAAACCUGGCGUCGACCUGUUGGAGGGUGACAUCAGUGGUACUCGGGAGAUUCGUUGGGUCGCAAGAGGUGGAAGGAUUUGGGAUGCGGAGACCAUGGUGGAGCUCUGGCCGGUUGCGGGUCGGAAGGGUACCAUGCCACCGCUCAACCCGUAGAGGGUCGCGGUGUUGAAGAUUCUUGAUGUUACUCGUUGGACUGUAUGCUUCAUCUAAGAACGAAGAAUGCUACGUUGCAGUUCGACGGCGGAUGUAUCAUGGCGCAGACUCAUUCUUACUUUGUUUGUGCUCCGUAGCAACUAUGCACACUACUAGUACGAUAACCUGAACAUGACCUAGGCCACUAUACCAAGACGAAACGUUACCGUUGUACUGCCAACAUCCAGCGCAGCCCAGAUGACACGCCGUGCAAGUACAAA